GAUAUAUUGUCCGAAAAAAGCAAGUUAACCUGUCAAAAAAGUUUUGUCUGCAUAUGUAUGUGGGCCUGGAAAGAGAGACAACAGAGCUUCGGUAGCAAUUGUCUUUGGAGAGGAAAGCAGAUUAAAUUGUUUUUCUAUUGAACAUACAUUACCUUUGCUAAUAAGGAAAAAUAAAGAGAAACUUCAUGUUUAAACACUACAGUAAAAAUAGUAAAAAGUGGAAGCAUAAUACAGUUACUGAAAAUUAUAAUUAUGAAAACUUUGAGGAAUGAGCCAAAUGGAAAAGGAGUAAAAAUGUUAUUUAUGCUUUGAUUUUAACUGUCAUAUAUGUAUAUUGAAAAAACAGAAGGAAACAUAGUGAACAUAAUUUAUUAAGAUGGUAGGAUUGUAGGCAAUUUUUCCCCUUGGUAAAUUGUGAAAUAUUUUUUUAAAAUAAAAAUUUGUAGCAGAUUUUGAACCCAGUUUAUUCAAGCUUCACAGUCAUGAAAAUGUAGAGACCAGUGGCAGUGCCAAGAGAUGGAUGGUAGGGGUGAGGGCUGAGCUUUAAGCCUUCAAUAAUCAUCACCAGUUAUCUCCUAUGAGGUUUCAACAAAGCAAACUUAUACACCAAGAAACUCAGCUUCAAGAGAAGUUCCCUUAUGCAGAGAUUCUGGACCCCAGUAAUGGAGACAGUCCCCACAUUAACACCACAGACCCUGAGUCUAUUUUCCUAUGUUAUGCUUUUUUUUUUUUUUUCUUAAGAUUUUUGUUUGGUUGUUUUUUGGGUUUUUUGUUUGUUUGUUUUAGUUUAAGGUUCACAGCAAAAUUGAUGGGAACAGAAAUUUGCCAUAUACUCCCGGCCCCCACACAUGUAUAGCCUCCCCCAUUAUCAGCAUCCCCCACCAGGGUGGUAUAUUUGUUACAGCUGAACCUACAUUGACAUGCCAUUAGCACCAAAGUCCAUAGUUUACAUUAUGGUUCACUCUUGGUGGUGUACAUUCCAUGGGUCUGUGUUAUGCAUUUGCAAAAUCCACUUUAAAUACAUCGUCUAGGCUUGCUUUGACCCCUCUCUUAUUCCUGGGUUUCAGAACCAUGUGUGAUCAGUACUGCAUCUCCUUUGCUGAUGUUGAGAAAGCACAUAUCAACAUUCGAGAUUUCAUCCACCUCACACCAGUGCUAACAAGCUCCAUUUUGAAUCAAGUAACAGGGCGCAAUCUUUUCUUCAAAUGUGAACUCUUCCAGAAAACUGGAUCUUUUAAGAUUCGUGGUGCCCUUAAUGCAAUCAGAGGCUUGAUUUCUGCCACUUCAGAAGAGAAGCCCAAAGCUGUUGUUACUCACAGCAGUGGAAACCAUGGCCAGGCUCUCUCCUAUGCUGCCAAAUUGCAAGGGAUUCCUGCUUAUAUUGUAGUGCCCGAAACAGCUCCCAACUGUAAAAAAUUGGCGAUACAAGGCUAUGGAGCCUCUAUAGUAUACAGUGAACAAAGCGACGAGUCCAGAGAAAAUGUUACAAAAAGAAUUGUGGAAGAAACAGAAGGCAUCAUGGUACAUCCCAACCAGGAGCCUGCAGUGAUAGCUGGGCAAGGGACAAUUGCCAUGGAAGUCCUAAACCAGGUUCCCUUGGUAGAUGCACUGGUGGUACCUGUAGGAGGAGGAGGAAUGGUUGCUGGAAUAGCAAUUACAGUUAAGGCUCUGAGACCUAGUGUCAAGGUAUAUGCUGCUGAACCCUUGAAUGCAGAUGACUGCUACCAGUCCAAACUGAAAGGGGAACUGACCCCCAAUCCCUAUCCUCCAGAAACCAUAGCAGAUGGUGUCAGAUCCAGCAUUGGCUUAAACACCUGGCCUAUUAUAAGGGACCUCGUGGAUGACGUCUUCACUGUCACAGAGGAUGAAAUUAAGUAUGCAACCCAGCUGGUGUGGGAGAGGAUGAAAUUGCUUAUUGAACCUACAGCUGGUGUUGGAGUGGCCGCUGUGCUGUCUCAGCAUUUUCAAACAGUUUCCGCAGAAGUAAAGAACAUUUGUAUUGUGCUCAGUGGUGGAAAUGUAGACUUAACUUCCCUAACUUGGGUGAAGCAGGCUGAAAAGCCAGCUCUUUAGAAAUCUGUUUCUGUUUAAUAUGUGCAAAAGGAAGAAAAGGGAUUCAGUGUCUAGACACUUGGAAAUUUUGUCUCCUGGUCAUUGUCAACUUCCUAUCUUCCCCUCUUAAAGAGCUUUCAAAAUCCUAAUGGAGAAUGUAUAUUUCAGUAAGUUUUAAUAGUUUUUUGGACUAACUUGCAGUAGAAAAACAUCCAUACUUAACUGAGAUACCUUGUCAAGGCCAAGAAAAGUCUUCUGCUAAAAGGAGCAGCAGACCUUAAGUAGGCUUAAGUAGAAAACAUAAACUGCCCAGUCACAACCUACAGGCUCCCAACCCUAGAGUGCUAACUAGUAGCAAUGAGACAGAAUCCCACUGAAUCCAUUAUUCCAUGUCCAUUUCAGGCACUGUUGAAGAAAUCUCACUUUUCACCCAAGGUACUGGUUCUGGUACAUAUGGAUCGUAAGUCCAUUUGGGGAAAACUCUUUUAUAGAGGUUCAUCAGUACUGUGUCCUGAGAUUUUAGCUUCCCAUCAAAACUGCACUUCAUGUGGCCGUGAGUACCUACAAAGAAAACAGCACGAGUUGGUCAAAUUCAAUAGGAAAUUGUAAAGCAGUGGUCUAACCCAACAGUCAUUUAGUAGCACUGGGGAAAUCUAGACAAGAUCCCAAAUCCCACAUUCUCUCACCUAAAGGCUCCUUGAUGUGUCCCCUACGGCCCCACUUUGUUCUCAGUUCCACCGGUUUAAACCACAGCACAUCCUCUUAGAAUCAAACACACAGAAGACCAAGAUGAAACAUUUAUCCAUAAUAUACAAAUCCAACCUUCAUCCCACAAAGGCAAUUGGAUCCCAUCUGUCGCACCUACCUCUGUUGAAGAACAUGUAACGCACCACUGCCAUCUUAGUAAAAAUUUU